AUUAUCAUAACAAGAACACCAACUGGAAAAAAAUGGAGUUUCUUAUCUUCACAUAUUUUGGUGUUGUUCACCUUUUAUCCCUGUGCUCUGGCAAAUCUAUAUAUAAGAAUGGCAUCUCUAAGAGGACUUUUCAAGAAAUAAAAGAAGAAAUAGCUAGCUAUGGAGAUAUUGCUAAAGCAAUAAUCAACCUUGCUGUUUAUGGUAAAGCCCAGAACAGAUCCUAUGAGCGAUUGGCACUCCUGGUUGAUACUGUUGGACCUAGACUGAGUGGUUCCAAGAACCUAGAAAAAGCCAUUCAAAUUAUGUACCAAAACCUACAGCGAGAUGGGCUGGAGAAUGUUCACCUGGAGCCAGUGAGAAUACCCCACUGGGAGAGGGGAGAAGAAUCUGCUGUGAUGCUGGAGCCAAGAACUCAUAAGAUAGCCAUGCUUGGUCUUGGCAGCAGCAUUAGGACUCCUCCAGAAGGCAUUACAGCAGAAGUUCUGGUGGUGACCUCUUUCGAUGAACUGCAGAGAAGGGCCUCAGAAGCAAGAGGGAAGAUUGUUGUUUAUAACCAACCUUAUGUCAACUACUCGAAGACAGUGCAAUACCGAACACAGGGGGCAGUGGAAGCUGCCAAGGUGGGGGCUUUGGCAUCUCUCAUCCGAUCUGUGGCCUCCUUCUCCAUCUACAGUCCUCACACAGGUAUUCAGGAAUAUCAGGAUGGCGUGCCCAAGAUUCCAACAGCCUGUAUUACAGUGGAAGAUGCAGAAAUGAUGUCAAGAAUGGCUGCUCGUGGGAUCAAAAUUGUCAUUCAGCUAAAGAUGGUGGAAAAGACCUACCCAGAUGCUGAUUCCUUCAACACUGUAGCAGAGAUCACUGGGAGCAAAUAUCCAGAACAGGUUGUACUGGUCAGUGGACAUCUGGACAGCUGGGAUGUUGGACAGGGUGCCAUGGAUGAUGGUGGUGGAGUCUUUAUAUCAUGGGAAGCACUCUCACUUAUUAAAGAUCUUGGGCUGCGUCCAAAAAGGACUCUGCGGCUGGUGCUCUGGACUGCAGAAGAACAAGGUGGAAUUGGUGCCUUCCAGUAUUAUCAGUUACACAAGGUAAAUGUUUCCAACUACAGUUUGGUCAUGGAGUCUGAUGCGGGAACCUUCUUACCUACUGGACUGCAGUUCACUGGCAGUGAAAAGGCCAGGGCCAUCAUGGAGGAGGUCAUGAGCCUGCUGCAGCCCCUCAAUAUCACUCAGGUCCUGAGCCAUGGAGAAGGGACAGACAUCAACUUUUGGAUCCAAGCUGGAGUACCUGGAGCCAGUCUACUUGAUGACUUAUACAAGUAUUUCUUCUUCCAUCACUCCUAUGGAGACACCAUGACUGUCAUGGAUCCAAAGCAGAUGAAUGUUGCUGCUGCUGUUUGGGCUGUUGUCUCUUACGUUGUUGCAGACAUGGAAGAAAUGCUGCCUAGGUCCUAGAAACAGCAAGAAGGAAACAUUUUCAUGCUUCUGGCCAGGAAUCCUGGGUCUGCAACUUUGGAAAACACCUCUUCACAUAACAAUUUCAUCUAACUCAUCUCCAAAGCACAACUCUGUUUCAUGCUUUCUGUUAUUAUCUUUCUGAUACUUUUCAAAUUCUCUGAUUUUAGAAGAAGGAAUCAUUCUCCCCUGCCUGCCACCACAUAGAAUCAACAUAUGGUAAGGAUCACAGUGGGGGCAUUUCUUUAUAUCACCUCUUAAAAAUGUUAUUUCCACUUUAAAACUAAAAACUUAAUAAACUUUUUAAAGAUCUC